AUGCAUUUGCUGAAGAACGCGAUAAACGUACAAUUUAUUACAAGGGUAAAAUAAAUGUGUAUGAUUCUUUUGGAGUUUAAGUUGUUCGGAGUACAGACCGUUGCAAUGGCUAACCAGUGGACCAAAGAAGAAUGGAGAGCGAAAUUCGACAACUACGACAGCGACAAGUCCGGUACGAUAGAGAUGCGAGAGGCCAAGCGUCUCAUGCAGUACGUAGGCCUGAACCCAACAGACGAGGACGUCUUGGCCUUUAUGAAAGAGGUCGACAAGAAUGAAGACGAUGGCAUAGAUUUCGAGGAGUUCUAUGCAUAUGUGCAGACGCUGCCAGAUCCUACGGGCGAGUUAAGACUGGCGUUCAAUGGCCUCGACAAGAACGGCGAUGGUACCAUAGACAAGAAUGAGCUCAGAGGCCUGCUAUUAAGAGGGGGUGACACAAGUAAAGAGGAGCUAGAUGAUCUGUUUACGCUCGUUGAUGAUAAUAACGACGGAAAGAUCCAAUACGAAGGCAUGUCACUGACAAUUUAA